ACUAUUCUUAAAACUAAAAUAUUAGACAGAGAAGAAGAAAGUUACGCCUUUUGUCUCUCACUACUUCUGUCUUCUGCUCUUCUCCCUUUUUGUUAACUCUGAUUAUCAACUUGUUGACCUGACUAGACCAAUGAACUUAAUUGCUAACUAACUUUCAUUAUUACCAUUUUCAGUUCAAACCUCAGAUCAACAUCAUAUUCAUAUUGAUUUAGGUAAAUCUCAAUUAAAACUCAUUCACUUGACACCAUUACAAUGAGCUUACCGUUUACAUAGACUUAAUCUUGUGAUUUUGACUCUUGAAAAAUCAGAAGCAAAACGUGUUUGUGAUUUACUUGUCUUCAACUGAUUGUUGUUUUAUUUUUUAUUUUAAUUUCAAUUUAAUCAACUGAUAUUAUCUUCCAGAUAUUAAAAUAUUUUUCCUUUAUCUUCGUUAUUCAAUAGUGAAAUGAUAACUUUUAUGUGCCUAAGGAUUAAGUUUAAUUAUUGAUUUGCAACCUGAUCAUCAACAAAACAUAUUUUUACGUUAUGGCAAACCAACGUAACAAUCUCAACAGUGUUUCUCAAAACUGUGAAUCUGAGUCAAAGGAAUAUCUUUUCAAAAUUCUGGUUAUUGGUGAUUUAGCAACUGGUAAAACAAGCUUCAUCCGUCGAUAUGUUCAUCAUUUAUUCAACAGUCAUUACAGAGCAACGAUUGGUGUUGAUUUUGCGCUUAAAGUUGUUCAAUGGGAUCCAAGUACAUUGAUAAGAUUACAAUUAUGGGAUAUUGCUGGUCAAGAAAGGUUCGGAAGUAUGACCAGAGUCUAUUAUAAAGAUGCAGUUGGUGCCUUAAUUUGUUUCGAUGCCUCAAAAUCGCAAUCUUUUGAAGCUGUUAAGAAAUGGAAGGAAGAUUUAGAUACUAAAGUUACAAUGCCAGAUGGAUCUCCAAUUCCUGCAGUUUUAGUUGCCAAUAAGUGCGAUUUACCUAAGCAUGAAAAUUUUAGUGAUCCUUCAUUUUUGGACGAUUUUUGUCAAAAUAAUGGCUUUGUUGGUUGGUAUUUUACUAGUGCCAAGGAUAACAUAAAUAUCGAAGAAACAGCUUCCCUAUUGAUUUCAGAGGUUUUAGGAAAGGUACGAUGUUCUGGUAAACAAGACAUGGACAAUGAUUGUUUAUCAAUUGAUGGUGUUUCUUAUAUUGACAAUAAAAAAGCUCAUUGUGCUUGCCGUAUUUGAACUUCAUCGUGGUGAAUGUGGCCCGAUCUCAUUAAUAGUUAUCGAAAGAAUCGAGAUAAUCAAGAGUCAAAGCUUCCAAUUAAUUAUGGCACCUUCAUUUUUCUUGCUUGCUGCCUUUUUCAUUAAAUUUUUACUUUAGAUUACACAAUUAGACUUCAGCAAUCUGUAUAUUGUCUUAUGUUUCUGAUUAUUUUCAGCUAACUUACAUUGCAAUGAUAUUUGUUUUGUUUUUGAAACUAUAAACAUACCGAGCUUCACUUA